CUAUGAAAUCCUCAAUGCCAACCUCAACUUCCUUUAUACAUUAUUUAUAAGAUACGCCACCACUUAGAGCGCGAGCAAAUAGGGGCAAAAUCAAGAAUUCCCCUUUCCCUUCUUCCACAGCCGUAAGUUCACACCACAGGACUUAAUUCAAAAUUUAAGCAUCAACUGCAAUCCCUGCCAGCCAGAUCUCGCAUCCGCUUCUCCGGGGGUCCCAAUGCCGAACCGUACUGCUUUCUGUGAUCACAUUGUGCAUAUAUACAACCUAUUUAAGGGCGUAAAUUGCUCGGCGCCGGAAUAAGCCACGACGGCCAACCGUGGAAGCUCUUGCGCCGGGUUGUUUAAUCUAUCUUAUUAACGACUUGCCCCUAUGACGCCCAGCUUGCAGCCCAGACACGGGCCAUCGCCCUGGCCAGGCCUCGCUGAGGUGCUUAGCCAUUAUCCCGUGCCGACGACUGGAGCCGCGGCCCGCUUCAUAUCGAGGAAUCUGGGGUUGGCCCUAGACGGAGAGCGAGUGAACUGCCGAAGGGGGAGAUCGUGUAGAUUUUCGUUUUUAAGGACGGCCUAGGGCGCCUACGCAGCAGGCUCCGCCAGCUGCUCUGUUCUGCUCUACCUACACCCACCGGACGCUUUCAGCCUCGAGAAAAGAAAGAAAGAUAGUCGGAUCAGCUCUCCUAAACCACAAUGAAGAACGUUGUCGCUCUUAUCGCCACCGCCGCCCUGGCCGCUCAGGGUGCGUCGGCCCACUACAUUUUCCAGACGCUGGCAAAGGGAACUGCCAAGGGUGUCCCGUAUGAGUACGUUCGACGAAACACCAACUACAACUCUCCCGUUACCGACCUGUCUUCCCCUGACCUCCGAUGCAACGUCGGCGGUGCCACCGGCGCUAACACCAGCACUCUUGAGUUGAACGCCGGCGACCCGUUCACCUUCACGCUUGACACGGCCGUCUACCACCAGGGACCCAUCUCCCUGUACUUAUCGAAGGCCCCGGGCACUGCCGCGGAAUACGAUGGCAGCGGAGACUGGUUCAAGAUCAACGAUUGGGCACCUAUCUUCAACGGUGGCCAGGCUAGCUGGACCAUGAAGGACACCUACUCCUACACGGUUCCUAAGUGUAUCCCUAACGGAGAGUAUCUCCUACGAAUCCAGUCCCUCGCCAUCCACAACCCCGGCUCCACUCCGCAAUGGUACGUCGGUUGCGGCCAGAUCAAGGUCGGCGGCGGCGGAAGCGGCUCGCCCAAGCCCACCGUCAAGAUCCCCGGUGCUUUCAAAGCUAGCGACCCCGGAUACACUGCCAACAUCUACAACAACUUCCACUCGUACACCGUACCUGGUCCCUCCGUAUUCACUUGCUAAAUAGCUUUGGUUAUGCCCCUUUUUGAGGCUGCAGUGGUAUCGUAGGAGAUUCCACGCAGAUGAAGUAGGAAGCAUGGAUAUCGUUUCGCACGAUGUACCUCUUGAGAUAGGUCGUAGCGAGGCACGCUCAUUUUGACGUUGUUGUACGUCGUCCGGUCGAUGUACCCCUUAUCUAGUAAUUUAAAUUUAAAUUAUU